AUGCCAUUCAGAACAACUGAUCUCUUGAAUGUGGAUGCCCCAGGCGGAAGAGACCCCAAUUAUGAUGCGCUUGAAUCUGGCGAUGAAGCGGCAAGGGACGACGUUGUUACAGAUAUCCAGUUUGAUUGCAGUGGUUGGGUAUCAAAUGGCAGUGCAGCCGAUGGAUCUGAGCCGGACCCUGAACGAGACGAGAUGGAUAUUGCGCUGGCAACAGAAUUUCUGGAUGGAUUUGGAGGCGCCGACGCUGUUUUGGCGGGUAACUUGCUGGACAGAACACUGAGAGAAUUUUCGACUACUGGAUGGGGUUUAAUUCAUGAACCGGACGUGCACGAGGAGCUACAAACGCCUUAUGUUCCUGUUGAAGGCACUACUAGCUACCCGGGACUUCGCCAAGGCUAUUCCGGACCCACUCCUGAAGUAUAG